CCCACCGCCCGCGACGCCUGUUUGUUGUUGAGAGAGUAUUGCCUCGUCCUUGUCAUCGGCAUAUUUUCUAAUCGAUGAAUUUAAAAGGCAGAAAAAUUGAUCACCUCUCAUGUAGCCUUCCAAAUCUCUUGUCGCACGUUCGCAGAGGUAUUCGAUGGUCCCAGCUACGCAGACGUUGCCCAUCUGCAUGACCUCUGGUAUGUGGAGUUCCCGACUUUCUAGAAGAUACAAAUGAGUUUAGAGUAGCUUUCAGCAAGUCAUAACAUUGCUUUUAGCAACACCAUUUCAAACCAAAUGCUCUUUUAUUCUUCAUUGCAUCAGCCGUGAUCAGUUUGCACAACCAUAGAAAUGUCGCCAGAACAUGAAGAGGAGUCUAAAGAAGGGGAGGAGAAAAUGGAUACUCUAUCAAUGCAAUUUUCUCGUUUGUGUUGUUGGGGAAAUACUACAAACGGCGAAUUGGGCCUUGGUGGAAUUGAAGAGAGUCACAUCCUAAGUCCUCGAGAAUUGCUUCUCCCAUCUCAUGAAGAUAUUAAUAUCCAAGAUGUUGUGUGUGGUGAAAGCCAUACACUAAUGCUCACUGCUAAAGGGGAAGUUUUUUCAUGUGGAAAUAAUGAUCACGGUCAGCUUGGAAGGGAGUUGCACCGUACUCGUCCUCAGCUUAUCACCAGCUUGAGUGACUACUCAAUUCAAAUGGUGGCAUGUGGUGGUAGCCACAGUGUUGCUGUUACAAAAUGGGGCCAAAUAUUUAGCUGGGGCUCUGAUUCCUUUGGUCAACUUGGUCUUAACUUGACAGGAUCUGAUGACCAAUGGAGUGCAAAAACUGUUAAAAAUUUAGCUCUGUCAACAGUUGUUCAAAUUGCAUGUGGGCAAAAUCAUACCAUGGCCUUGACAAAUGAUGGCCAUCUUUAUUCUUGGGGCUGUAAUCGCUCUGGUCAACUUGGAUUGGGCACAACCUCCGAGCAAGAAAAGAAACCAACCCUUAUUACAUCCUUGGCUGGCAUACCAAUGGCAUUUAUAGCUUGUGGCUCUAAUCACAGCUUUGCCGUUUCCAAGUCUGGAGCUGUGUUUGGAUGGGGAAAGAAUUCAUGUGGACAAUUGGGGCUGUCUGAUUGUGUCAAUAGAAAGUACCCAGCCCAGUUAAAAAGCCUACGCUCUAUUAGAGUGAAGUAUGUUGCUUGUGGAGAGGAUUUCUCUGUGUUUUUGACCAGCGAUGGCGGUGUUUUUACUUGUGGAGCAGGUAUGCAUGGCCAGCUGGGGCAUGGGUCACUCACUAAUGAGCUUCUCCCAAGGAAAGUGACUGAACUCAUGGGAAGUACUGUGACACAGGUGGCAUGCGGGAGGCGUCACACCCUAGCUCUAGUGCCAUCCCGUGGUCGGGUUUACGCCUUUGGGCUUGGUGGAGCAGGACAGCUUGGUAACAAGUACACUGGAAAUUCGUCAACUCCUCAAGUGGUAGUUGGACCAUGGCUUAGUCCAAGUGGCGUGUCGUUGGUAAAAUCUACUCAUGAAUGUGUUGUUAAGAAGAUUGCCGCUGGUGGCGAUCAUUGCUUUGCUUUGGUUACGUUGCCUCAAGAACAAAUCUUGCCAGAUGACUUUCGUUUAUUCUCCCCACACACUCAAGUUCUGACUUUACAACAGAAAUAUUUGCAAGAUUGUGAGAAGUAUGGUGCUGAUUCGCAAGUUGAUCUAGAACUUAUUACCUAUCUAGAAACUGUGUUCAAUAGCCAAGCAUGCUUUAAUGCAUCAUUUUUGAUGAAGAAUGAUUAUCAUUACUGUUGCACCUCUAAACAUCACGGUGUAGAAAUUGAGGAAGCUGAAUCAUUCUUUUCAGCUAUAGGAAGAAUCGAGCAUAAUACCAUCAAAGAUAUAAUUGCCACAUGUAUCUGUCAACGAAUAGUGCCAAGCUUGGUUAGCUCUCCUCCUGAUGUUGAAACGCUCAGAAUAUACCUCACACUACCAAUGUAUCACGAGUGUGAAAAUCCAAAGAACUACGAAAAGAUUCACAUCCCAUUUGCCAAAGCCAUCUCUGAACUUAAAAAUGAAGCUCGUAAGAUUGUCACCAUGUGGUGGGGAGCUCAGUCUUCUGACUACUUUGAGCGUCUUAUACGGAUGUACAGAAAUGUUGUAAUGUAUGUUCUACGGCUUCCAUCUCAACAUCAAAAAGAGUCUUCACUUUCUAUCAAUCAAGUGAUAAUGUCUGCCCUUGACAUGCUAUUUUUACUGAACCAAGUGAACAAAGAAGUUGGUCAAAAAGUUCCUUACAACUCGUUUUAUCUGAACGAUCUGCAAGAGGUCGUGGACAUUCAAGUGGAUUAUGUUCGGUGGGUUGCUCAGAUUGAUCCUUCUAUUAUGAUGCGAUUAUCUCCUGCCUUGCCACCUCCAGGUACCGUCCAUUUUUGCAACUACCCCUUUGUGUUCAAUGCUGAAGCAAAGACACUCCUUCUUGAGACUGAUCAGUCACUGCAGAUGCAGUCUGCUAUGCAAGAAGCAACCACAGAUUUUCUUAUGAAUGUGUUUGGAGGUAUCAAUCACUAUCUAGUGCUCAAUGUGAGCCGAGAAAAUAUUGUUGAUGAUACUAUAAGAGAAUUAUUUCAGUGUGACACAAAAGAUUUGAAGAAGCCACUGAAAAUCAAGUUUUGUGGAGAGGAAGCUGAAGAUGCUGGUGGAGUAAGAAAGGAAUUUUUCAUGUUGCUGCUGAAAGAAAUUUUGGACCCUGCCUAUGGAAUGUUUAAGUCUUAUGAUGAGACAAAUACUAUUUGGUUCAGCGAAGUAACAUUUGAGGAUGAAAUAAUGUAUUACCUCAUUGGACUCCUGUGUGGUUUAGCCAUCUAUAAUUUCACCAUCAUUAACCUUCCUUUUCCUUUAGCUCUAUAUAAAAAAUUGUUGGAUGAGCCAGUUUCAUUACAGGAUGUCAAAGACUUGUCUCCAACCAUAGCAAAGAGUCUGCAAGAUAUUUUAGACUAUAAAGAUAAUGAUUUUGAGGAUGUCUUUGGACUUACUUUUGAGAUGUCUACUGAAGUAUUUGGUGAAGUCAAACUGUUCCCUCUCAAAGCUGGUGGGGGUGACAUACCUGUAACCCUUCACAACAAAAGUGAAUAUGUUGACCUUUAUGUUGACAUGCUUCUGAAUAAGGUUGUUGAAAAGCACUUCAAGGCAUUUUCUCAAGGAUUUCUCAAAGUUUGUGGGGGACGUGUGUUGCAGCUUUUCCAUGCUGCUGAACUAAUGGCUGUUGUCAUAGGCAAUGAAAAUUAUGACUGGGAAGAACUGCAGAGACAUGCGGAAUACAAGAAUGGUUACAAGGAAGAUGACCCUACAAUACGUCUCUUUUGGGAAGUCUUCAUGGAACUUCCGGUUUCCGAAAAGAAAAAGUUUCUAAUGUUUUUAACUGGGACUGACAGAAUUCCCAUUCAGGGUAUGAAAGCAAUCAAAAUAAUUUUCCAGCCUACUACAGAUGAUAAGUACCUUCCUGUUGCUCACACCUGUUUCAACCUUCUCGAUUUGCCCCGCUAUGGCACUAAAGAAAAACUGCGCUACAAAUUACUUCAAGCUAUACAACAGAACCUGGGUUUUUCCCUUGUCUAAGGUGUAUGUGGUAAAGUUUUUUUAAGCAAGAGAUGAAUGUGAUAUGACUUUCAGCAUUAUAUUCAGAUUUUUAACUCUUGUUUGAAUUGGUUUCUGACACUAUAUCAUGGUGUUAGUGUUGUUAGUUUUUUCUCUCUGUAUAUUACAAAAGCAUCAUGGGUCUACUUCAGACUUGAGUAUUGUAAUUAAUUUAGCCCUGGUCAAAUUACUCGAUGUUCCUUAGCUUCAGGCAAACUACAGGGUAAUUUUGUAGCCUAAAACCCCUAAAUUUGUUUGGAAUAUACAUAAUUCUAACCAUAUUCGAGAACCACAUUUUUGUGCUGUAGCUUUAUCACUUGAAAUAUCUUUCUGUGACGGUAACAGUUGUGAUAUAACGUACAUGUGAUAAUUAUUUGGACCUAUGGACAAUACAAUGAUGAUGUCAGGUAAUAUCAUUAUAUUUUUGAAAAACUGUAAAUUAGUUGAUGUUUAUUUGUUGGUGUUGGCCAAUGCUGCUAUGUAUAUUUUAUUCUAUUGAUUCUGUUGGGCAAAAAUUAUUUGUUCUCUGACCCACUGUUUCAACUUCCCUUGUCUUUACAUCAAAAAUUUCUUUGUUUUAUGCGGAUAUAUUGUAGAUUGAUGCAUCUACACAUUGAUUUACUCUUAUUUGUAUAAUAUUUAUUGAACUUUUGAAACCAUUGGUGGACAGUUAAAAAUUGAAGCUGUUGGUUCCCAUUUAAUUUUUUAAACCAAAUUGUACUUUGUUUCACAUUCCAUGAUCCCUUUUUGGAUUUAUUUGCAUUUACUUCACUUGCAUCUGAAUUCUUGGUCUCAGUUUGUCAACAAGCAAAAUCCCUCCUUAAAUUUCUCCAGCAUCCUUCCAAAGUGAAACAAUAAGAAUGAGAGUGCAUUUUCUGUCAAAUAAAAUUACACCGGAAGGCUCUGCUUAAUAUGGGAACUGUUUCAAUAUGUUGCUCUUUCAAUUUUUUUAAUAAUAUUUAUAUAUAUAUUUUUUUUAUUACUGGCAGUAACUUCUUCUUGUUCUAUGGUUCUACUUAAAGUCUUAACUUGAUCAUCCAGUUAUUUUUCCCCCUUUCUUCUUGAAAUAGUCUUGUUUUGAACAAAGUGGUUCUAAUCACUGUGCCUUGUGGCUUCUUUGAUUCUACAUGUUUCACAACUGAAAUAUAAAGUUUUAACUUGUUAUGUGAGCUUGUAAGAUGCCCAGAUAUUACCUGUAUUUUUGAAAAAAAGCUUUAGAAAAUUAGAAACUGUUUUCGAGAUUAUUGCAUCAUUUUUAUGCACUUUUUUGUGAAAGACUUCAGGACUGAUUUGUAAUGCUGACACUACUUCUCUUUCUGUAGUACAUUUAUGUCACAAGUAGUUCUCGGAGAAUAUUUUGAUCUGUAUCGUGUUCCCCCAGGGAUGUUAGGAUUUUCGUUAUCAGAGGCUGGUCAGGAAAAGCCCAAAAUGAUGAUGUUCUCUAGAUGUUACACAUGUUGUGCAGUGUCCUGCCACAUUGUACAGGCAAUUUUUUUUCAUAACAUUUGUUGUUAGAUGUUGUAAGAUAAUAAAAAUAUUUUUCUUUUCCUA